GAAAAGCACUUGAGAGCAGAGGCGUCCGGGCUGAGGUACCGUGGUACCAGUCUCCAGAAGUGCUGACAAAGCUCCCCUUUCGCUCUUGGCUUUUGAGGAAGCAGCUGCCCCAUUCAUCUUAAAGUGAACCAGCAAGAAGACUGAGAAUGACGGAGAACUCAGCUCCAGUGGCGCCCAAAGGCAAGAGGUCCAAGACUGUCAAGAAGUCAUUGGACCACCCCAAGUACACUGAGAUGAUCACAGCUGCCAUCAAAGCUUUGAACAGCCGUGGUGGUGUCUCCAGGCAAGCCAUCCAGGCCUACAUCAAGAAAGAGUACAAUGUUGGUGACAGCGCAGACAUUCAGGUGAAACUGGGGCUGAAGAGGCUGCUGGAGAGCAGUGUCAUCAAGCACAUCAAGGGCAUGGGGGCCUCUGGCUCCUUCCGGCUGGCCAAGGCGGACGAGCCCAAGAAGGCUGCCAAGAAGGUGGCCAAGACCAUCAAGAAGAGCGCCUCGCCCAGAAAGGUGGCGGCGACCAAGAAGGCGGUGAAGGCUGCGCCGAAGGCGAAGAAGACCAAGGCCGGGAAGAAGAAGCCCAAGACGCCAAAGAAGAAGCCGACCGCGCCCAAAAAGACAAAGAAGAUCAAGCCGGUCAAGGCCAAGGUGAAGAAAGCCCCAAAACGCAAGGCGCCCGCAAAAAAAUCCAAGAAGUGACCACUGACCUGCCUGGCGAUGGAGGACUGGCCUAGUUUUCUGUCUGAAAUCCUCAGAAACUUUUGUGUACAUACAGUUUUAAAAAAAAUGUUUUUUGAAUUUAGUAAGGAGACUUUUUAUUUUGUCAGGAACUUAUUGUGUCUUGCAUUUUUAAAACAAACCAAUGUGUAUGCAGUAAUCAUGUGUUGGAGCUGGUGUUGGACUUUGGGAUUGUGACAGGGGACUGUAAAUGCUGUAUGCUGCUGUGACUAUCUUCGCUCCGGACUACCAGGUCUUGUGGCUAGUGCCCUGUCAACGAGCAGGCAGGAUCUGUGCAUGUGUGUAGCUUCUAAUCCCAGAGGAUAAAUCCAGACGUUUGUUGAGAGAAGCCAGGCCCUACUAAUAAACAAUGCAUUAUAAUUGCAGAUUACAACUGUUAAUUGUGUAGUUCAAUAAGAUCAACCUUUACUUCAAAAUUACUUUGUUUUAGACUUUUAAAACUGAAUGGAACUACUCUUUGUUUUCUAGAGAAUUCUGCUGUGCUGUUUGUUCUGUCGCAGUGUUCAUUAAGUUUUUAAAAGAGCUGAAUUUUAACUGUUGGCCCUUAUGGAGAGCCAGGGGUACUGAUCUCCUUUUCCGUAGUGUAAGAGGCUUGCCCAGUGACACUUACCAGGUGAACAGCUGUAACUAUUAUAACUAAAUCUGACAAAAGUAACAGCACUGGAAGGUGCUUUCCCAGUCUGGAGUUUAGUAGCUUGCAGCAGUAACAACUCCAAGCAUCCCAGCAUCCUCACUUAGACACAGUGCUGAUUUCCUGGGGCGUACAGGAUGUUUGAGUCGAGAGGCAUUCAGUGUAGAUGGAGGUAUUUGCAGAUGGCAGCAAUCACACUUUUAACAAACUAGCAGGAUCUAAAAGACCAGAAUUUAAAAACAAAUUAAACAAUGCUCUCUAACUUGGCCAAAGAAAAAAUAAAAGUUCCUGACCGAAAGGCACCCUUUUAUAAAACAGCUCCAAAAAAAAAGUGAUACAUGCUGAUUUUGUUAUUUUUUACUAAACCGCUGUAUUUUACUAAUUGUUGGGAUGCUCUCUACAAGCAGUUUGUAUCUGUAAUUAAUGUAUGUUUAUUCUGAUUAGCUAUCUCUGGAGCUGUCUAUGUUCAAAGCCAUAAUGGGACAUUCCUACUUACGCAGUGAACUCCACUUUUAAGUUUUUAAAUGUACAUGAUGUUUUUUAUUAAGCAAUUCUCUCUCCUAAUUAUUUUACGCCAGGGUGUUUUUUUUUUAAAUCUGAAUUCAGAUGAAGAUUUGAGUGUGGUCCACAGACUCAGAAAUCACCACUGGAAUUGGAUGGCUCAAGACAUUUAUAGGUUCACCUGUUCCUUUGUAUGUUUAUAAUGAAUAAAAGCUACAUUUUGAUUUGGAA